GAGUAACAUCACAGAGACACUUUCAUCUUUCCGACGAAACUGCUUGUUAUUUGUCGGGAAUAACAAUAGUUACAAAUUAAACAGAGAUGUCGUGUUUUGGUGGUGAUCCCAACUUCUGUCCAGAGUGUGGGAAUGUUCUUCCUCUCCCAGGAAUACAGGACACAGUCCGCUGCCCCCGCUGCUCCUUCUGCAUCCCUGUGGCAGGUACCAAAGUUUUCAGGUCAGAAGAUCCACUCUACAGUAAUUUUUAACCCCGUGGAGCAGUCAUCAGUGGUUCUGGAGGAUGAGGAGGACUCUGAACUAAAGGGACCUGUGAUUGACAGACGCUGCUCUCGCUGCAAUAAAGAGGGGAUGGUUUACCACACCAGGCAGAUGAGAUCUGCAGAUGAAGGACAGACUGUCUUCUUCACCUGUAUACACUGCAGGUAUCAAGAGAAGGAGGACUCCUGAGAAGAAAUCUGCCUUUGUUACUUCAGAUGGUUGGAUGGAUUGUAAAUAUAAGUUUGAAGAAGGACCCUCAGUGGAUCCUUUACCUCUGGUUUAUCUAAUGAGGCUGUGCACUGCAGAGCUUUCAACUGCAUCUUGCGGUCUUCAUCACUGGAUGGAGUUUGCUCUGUUUUCAUGGAAAAAGUGUAGCUCGGUUGUCAUUGAUGAUCUACUGCUGAAUGCUAUGAGAUACAGUUACAGCUUGUAAGAGGACCUCAAGUUAAGUUUUUUUUUGUCGUUGUUAAACUACAGUUUCCAAGAAGAAGAGUGAACAUUAAUGGUGAACAGUAUUUGUUUACUUAAGGUGUAACAUAUAUAACAGAAGUUGUUUAUUAUAAAUGUUAUUAAAGCUGCAUUAAUGAA